UGGGAGACGAGCGGAGUGAGGGGAUCGCGGUAUUUGUCGCGCACGCUGCGUGCAUUUACUAGUGUUGCGCGAAGAGCGCGUGUAGUUCGUGAUAUUUAGAGGUGACUUGAACUGUCACACGAGACUACACCCGGCUUCAUAAUGUCAAAUCGAGCAUGGGUAACUCUGGCCACAAACGACUCCUACGGCUUGGGAGCUCUGGUGCUGGCCCAUUCGCUCCGCCGCGCCGGUUCGGUGUACCCUGCCGUAGCACUCAUCACACCUACCGUCAGUGAAGCUAUGAGGGAUCGUCUUCGCGCAGUUUUCUCCGAAGUAGUCACGGUAGACGUUCUGGACUCAAGAGACGCGGCUCACCUGGCCCUCCUCCAGCGGCCAGAGCUCGGCAUCACCUUCACAAAGAUCCACUGCUGGAACCUCACUCAGUACGAGAAAUGCGUAUUCCUAGAUGCCGAUAUAUUGGUGAUCCAAAAUUGCGAUGAACUCUUCGAGCGUGAAGAGCUCUCGGCUGCUCCCGACGUGGGAUGGCCCGACUGUUUCAACUCCGGCGUUUUUGUCUUCCAACCUUCAAACGAAACCUUCGAGAAACUGAUACAAUUCGCGCAGCAGCGAGGCAGUUUUGAUGGUGGUGAUCAAGGGCUACUGAACUCAUUCUUCUCUGACUGGGCGCACGGCGACAUCAACAAGCAUCUUCCCUUCCUAUACAACGUUACAACUGCGGCUUUCUACUCAUAUUUACCAGCUUUGAAACAUUACGGACAGAAUUUGAAAAUCAUUCACUUCAUUGGCGCCGGUAAGCCUUGGCUUCAGCGCUUCAACUGGGAGUCCCGGUCGGUCGAUGCCCCGGGGUAUCUCCAGGAGUUCCUUCAACUCUGGUGGGACCUGUUCGUAUCACAGGUCCACGCCCAACUCGACCAUUCCAUGAGUGGCGUAGCGGGCAACUUGGCCAGAGUUGUAUUGGGAUCGGGAACUUCAACUGAAGCCAUAGACGAUUUAGCUCGUCGUCAAGGUUGGGAAGCCGGUAACAUUGACUAUAUGGGAGCUGAUUCUUUUGACAAUAUCUGGGCAAAAAUUUCUCAAACUUUAAGCCAACCCCGAACUUCACCUCCUAAACAAUUGUCGCCUCCUAAGGAAGUCUCUCCACGACAGCCCACUCCUGAACAAGUGGAAUCUGAGAAUGCUGAGGCAAUUCCAGAAACUGUUACCGAGGCAAUUCCAGAAACUGUUACCAAGUCAAUUGAAGAUGCAACAGUAACUGUACCUACCGAAACAAUGGUUGAAGAAACUCCAUCACAAAUUUCCGCGACUACAAAUGCUCCUGAAGUUCUGCCUGCUGUAAUAGAUAGUGAUUCUGUCGCAGUACCUGAGCCUGCUCCGGUCACUUCUGAAUCUCUAGUGGCCCCUGUUGAGGUUUUGGCCGUUUGCCCUGUAGCGAUUGAAUCUGAAGCAAUCGCUUCGGCAGCUGUACCAACAGUAACAGAAACUCCACCAUCUUCUGACAGCACACCGACUGAGACUGAAACUGUACAAAAACCUGAGACUGUACCAGCAACUGAAACUGUAACUGUAGAUGCCGGUGAGACUGUACCCUUAGAUGUGGCUGAAUCUGCACCCGUAGCUUUAGAUGAAGUUGCUACUGAGGUGCCAAGUGAAAUUAAAGCAGCAGAUGUAAUUGAAACUGCUUCUUUACCUGCAAGUGAAUCUUCACCAAUAGUUGCAAGUGAAACUGUAUUAGGAAUUACAAGUGAAGCUUUAUCUGAUGUGCCUCUCGAAAUACCUGUUCCAGUAGCGGAACUCGAGCAAGUGGCACCGACUGAAGUACCAACAGUUGUAGAAUCAGAAACAUUGGCGAAACCAGCAGAGGAACCUAGUAUUGCUCUAGUUGCGGAAGAACCAGCCUCUGUAAUACCAGUGCCAGUAGAGGCGUUAGCAACGGAAACCGAAUUGGAAACCAAAAAAGAAUCGCCCAAGAGACUGGUUGAAUCAGCCAAAGAAAAGAUCGAAACUAUUGCAGCAGCUACCGAGCCAGCCGCUCCCGAGGUGCCUCAAACCAAAAGUGUUGUCGAAACAAUUAAAGACUCAACACUUGCGGAGCCCGCAUCUCCUGCUCUUGCAGCCGAAGCUCCUUCCAGUCCCGCUAUUCCAGAAUCUACUCCAGAGAAACCAGCGGCUGCCGGAGAUAGCUCCACCGACAGCCCUCCCUUAGCCAACACACCGUCCAAAGAAGAAGCCCCCGUCGUUCCGGCCGCCAAAUCCGCGGAACGUCGCAAGCCGGCCGGCAAGCUGCAGCUGAGUCCGCCCGCCGCCGCCGACCCGCUCCCCACCCCCGACAGCGAGCUCGAGGACGCCGCCACGCUCGCGCACCAGAUCAUCGCCAGCGAGCUGCGCACGCCCACUGUCACCGCGCCCGACGCCGACCCCUCCCCCACCUCGCCACCCCUACCGACUCGUGCGGCCGGACUCGCCGUCGACGAGCCCACGGUACCCACGCCACCCGUCGGAGCGGUCUCGCUCGCUAAUAUCGGAGUCAAACCUACCAAGAGCAAACCUGUGGCCGAGCCGACCCCAAGCGAAGCUGCCCCUACGGAAGCACCCAAAAAAAAAGUUGUAAAGAAGGUGGUGAAGAAGGAACGCGCGCCGGGUGGUGAGGCGCCCGUGCCGCCGCCCCGGAAGAAGGAGAAGAAACCCAAAGAGAAUUGAGCGUCCGCGCUCCGACCCUUCCCGUGCCAUACGUGUAGCCUCGCCCUUGUCGUGUUGAUGUUUGAUAUUAUUUUCGAAUAUUAUUAUGCUUUUACUUAAUAAAUUAUGUGCUGCGUAUUUUUUUAUAUUAUCGACUAGAUCUAGUUUUGUGUAAUCAAUACUGCACUAAACAAUGUAACUUUGUUUAUACUUUUGUACUCCUAUUGAUAUUUUUUUAUUUUUCAAUCACGCUAUUCCGGCUUUUAUAAUUGUGAACAUGAAACUACCAAAGGAUACGACGUAUUUAUUGAAUCGAAUUUUGUAUGUAAUUUUUAUAUUAAAAGUCUAUUUUGGAAUCAAA